GAGGACUUUGAAUGUAACACUGAGAAUUAGCACAAACGAGCCAUGUUUUAAUAACUGUUUAUUCCUUUGAAGGCGCACUCAAAUAUUUCUGACAAAUAGUAUUAAUAAUGGAUGACCAGGGAUGUCCAAGGUGCAAGACGACGAAAUACAGAAAUCCAUCUCUGAAGCUGAUGGUCAAUGUGUGUGGGCACACGCUGUGUGAGAGCUGUGUGGAAAUGCUCUUCGUCCGUGGCUCAGGUAACUGUGUGCAGUGUAACACACCUCUCAGAAAGAGUAAUUUUCGUGUGCAGCUCUUUGAAGAUCCAGCCAUCGAUAAAGAGGUGGAGAUCCGCAAGAAGGUUCUUAAAAUUUAUAAUAAGAGAGAAUUUGAUUUCUCCACUUUGAAAGAAUAUAAUGACUACCUGGAGCAGGUGGAGGACAUAGUGUUUAACUUGACUAAUAACUUGGAGGCUGAAAGGACCAAACAGAUGAUGGAGCAGUACCAGCGAGACAACCGAGACGUUAUACAGAGAAACAAAGCCAAACUGACCCGUGAGCAGGAGGAGUUGGAGGAGCUGUUGUUACAAGAGCAGCAGGAUUCAGAACAGAGGAGAUUGGAGACCCUGCAAGAGGAACAGAGACAACUUCAGGCCAAGAGAAAAAACAAACAGGCCCUUCUGGAUGAGCUGGAGAGUUCCCAAUUACCUGCGGCUGUGCUCUUGGCCCAACAUAAAGAUCGAGCCGCCCAACUGGGGACCCAGAUAGAAAAACAGAAACAGAACGUCAAACCAACAAACAUCUUCUCUACUGGAAUACUGAUAGGUCAGACAGUGUCUUUGGCUCCUGUGACUCGUGUGGAGGAAGUGUUGUAUGUCUAUCAGCCUGUGAAAGUUGACACGUACGGGCCACCUGUUCCAGAACUGGAUCUGUUGGGUCGUCUUGGGUAUCUGAAUCAUGUGCGUACAGCAUCUCCACAGGACCAGGCUGGUGGUUAUACAUCAGGACUGGCUUGCCAUCGUGCCAUCCAGGAUGCUUUUAGUGGGCUGUUUCCCUCAUGACAAAACUACAGGGAGUUCUACUCCUCCUGUCCAUGUCCAGCGAAAGACUCUCACACAUAAGAAAAGAGAGAGGCUGAAAGUGUUUGAAUGCACAAGGAUCAUGGGAUAGUUUCCUUUUGAGGAGACUGUCAUGUGAAUAUGACCACUUCAGCAGGCUGAGUUCAGAAUAUACUGACCACUGGGGUUUAUGUU